AUGCUUCGAGUAACUCGUUUGCCACAUUCACAGACAGGAGCAUUGAAUUUAUUGAUCAAUAAGCGAUGGCAAAAAAUAACUGCUACAUCUGAUACAGGUACAACUGCUGCUACUAAAACAACUACCGAUGCACCUAAAACUCAAUACACGACUACUAAUACAUCAGCAACAAUAAAACCGCCAGCCACUUCAACCAAAUCUUCAUUAAAUGUACCGAUCGAUCGAACGACUACUUCAAAUAAAGCAUCAUCAUCAUCUAUUCCUCAUAAUACAUCAAAAGGAGGACCACUACCAACAUUUUCAGCACCAUCUAGUCGUAAAACUGGGGGUGGUGGUGGGCGUACAACGGUAAAAGCACUUAUUUACGGUGUUACUCUUGGUCUUGCGGGUACAGUAGUCUAUGCUGAAUAUGAAAAUGGCCCGUUUCGUCAUCAGCUCGAAUCAACCAUUCCAUAUAGUUCAACAGUUCUUACUAGUAUUGAUCAAUUUAUUGACCCUAUUUUCGGUCGCCAAAAAUCUUUAACAACAGAAGUACCAGAAACGGUGCCUGAUUUAGCUUUUGUAAAAGAGAAAGUUUCUGACGUAGAAAAACCGAAAAAAGUCGUUGAACAAGCUAAACAAACUGUUAAUACUGUCUUGGAAAAGUUACCCGAGAAAACGAAAAUUCAAAAGACUGGUGCACAAGUUAAAGAUGGUAUAGAUCAUGCAGCUGAUCAGGUUAAAGGUGCUGUAAAUAAUGUUCGCGAUGCUUUGCCCGAUACAACAACAUUGAAAAAGAAAAUAACACAUGCUAAAGAGCAAGUUGAAGAAAACGCUCAUGCGGUAAAAGAAACUAUCAAAGGUGCUGUACCAUCAGCUAAAGGUCAAUCAGGUGAAGCACCAGAAAAAGUUGCCGAUCCUGUAUUCUUAGAAGGAGCCGGCGAAGCAUUAGCACUAGCUCAAGAGAAAUAUAAACAGCUUGAAGAGGAAAUCACUAAAUUAUAUUCACCUUUAUCAAAACAAAUCGAUGAUGCUGUAAAAGCUGCACGUGAACAUGUCUCACACAUGAAAACUAUCAUUGACAAUCCAACUGUAUCUACAUCUGAUCAUGAAACAUGGAAACAAGCUGAAAAUUUACAAGAACAAGCUAAACAUGCAUAUGAGAAAGUAACGGAAGCUGUACGUGAAUGGAAAAAUAAAUUAGAGGAAUUUACAACAGUAAGUAGUGGUGAAAUGCAUCCUCAUCAAAAGAAACUUGAUGAAAAAUUUCAAGAAUUACAAAAACAAUAUACAACAUCAAAUUUUGUGAAAAAUUUUCGUACAUAUAUUGAUGAAGCAACAAAAUCAUUUCAAAAAGAAAUGGAAACCAUGCUUCCAAGUUUAGCUGGAAAAAGUCCAUCACAAUUGACACAAGAAGAUCUACAAGCAUUAUUAGUUCAUGCACAUCGUCGUGUAGUUAAACUUCAAAAUGAUAUAGCACGUCUGCGUAUAAAUGAAUCUGAUUCAGUUAAAGCAGCUGUUGAUGUAGCACGUGCUGAACUCGAUCGUCUUGUUGAACAACGUGCUCAAGAACGUGUCGAAAAAACAACUGAACAAUUAACUGAAGAAUUAAAAUUAUACGAAAAGAAUCUUCGCCAACAAUUCGAUGAACAAUUGAGACAUGAAAUAGUCCUACAACAUCAAGCAUUAACACAAUAUUUAGCUGAUGUUCUAUCUCGACAGUAUCAAGAGUGGGCCAAUGAAUAUGAACGACAAUUAGAAAAUGAAUCAAUUAAAAUAAAUAUAAAUUUACAAAAUCAAUUAAGAUCAACGUUAGAUCGUUUAUAUGCUAUUGAACAAGCGAUUGAAGCUAAUUAUGAUAGUCAACAACGUGGUAGACAAGCGCAACAGUUAUGGAUUCAAGCACAAAAUAUUCUUAAUCAAAUUGUGCAAGGUACAACAACUGAAAAUGAUCUUGAUAUCGUAUCAAAAAUAGUGCCCAAUGAGAGAUUUGUCCAAGUACUUGUUAAUGAAUUACGAAGUGAUGAUAUACCAAGCACAAACGAAAAAGUCCUUCGUGAACGUUUCGCACAUGUUAAUAAAUUAUGUCGUCGUUUAGCAUUAAUUGAUAAUGAACACAAUUCAUUAUGGAAUUAUUUUCUAUCUUAUUUACAAAGUCUAUUAAUUGUACGACAACGGGAUGAUUCAAUAUUAGUUGAUGAUGCUGUUGAUCUUAAUCAAUUAAAUACGUUUACUAUAUUAAAUUAUGUUCAAUCUUACUUAGAUCGCAAUCAAUGGUAUAAUGCAUUACGUUUAAUGCAACUAUUAACUGGUGAACCACGUAAUGUAGCAGAAUCAUGGAUUAAUGAUGCACGCAAUUACCUAGCAAAAAAACAAACAUCAGAAUUACUUGAAGCUUAUUCGAAUUCAAUCGGACUUGGUACACUUCCAAGAACGGCUUAG